CCUGCACCAAUCAGACGUUUCCCCAUGGCUCUGCUUUACCGGAGCUUAAAAUGGGUCAUGAUCUUAAUAAGGAGUGAGUUUUAAUACUGAUACAGGAAAGAGAAAGAGGCAGUGGAUCUCACAGAGACACAGACAUCACUACAGCCUAAAGAGAGACGAAGACCGAGGGGGCAGAGAGAGGACGAGUUCCACAGAACACCGCCGCAGAACCACACGGGACCGACCUGGGAAGGACAGAGACAGGAAAAAACUAAUCCAGACCGGACCCGGCCAUCCCGCAACGGAAAACUUUACACACUCCAGCUGUAAGAGCAGGAUCAAAGCGGAGGCCUCUGUGCAAAAUGUCUAAACAGCCAUCAACAAAUGUAAAAGCUUUACAGGCCAACCUCAAUAUUCCGAUGGGAGCUUUGCGUCCGGGAGCGGGACAUCCUGUGAAGAGGAAAGAGGAGACACAGGACACAGAGGAGGUACCGGCCGUCACUCCGGAAGAAAAGAAGCACCUUCCUGGUGCUGUGAAACUUCCAGGGCCGGCGGUUAACCUUUCCGAGAUCCAGAAUGUCAAAAGCGAGCUCAGAUGGGUCACUAAAGACUAGACACACUCAGGUGACCCCAGCUUGCUCGUGUUAAGGAAGGAGACAGACAGCUCCACCAGCUCUACCUAUUCCAUUACUGAUUCUAUAAGACAAUCUCCAUCAACUCCCAAAUUUCCAGCUACUGAAAACAAGACACCCAUCCUUCAAUGAACUGCAAUAUCUUGUCAAAGGUUUCCAUCCCUGCAACCCACAUAGCAAAUUUUUUUCUGGUUCAAGAAUGGAUUCACAUAAUCCGCCACAUAAAAAUCCCAGACUGCAGUUAUCCCAAUUGCUUGUGAAUUCAUGGUCUAGAACACAUUUCAGAUCUGGUCUCUGAAUCUGAGCCAUCUCAAAGGCUAGAUACUGAACAAAAUUAUGGUUCAAGAAUGGCUUAGGCUAUAUUGGCAGAUUAGAGCCACAUAGCAGCCAUGAUAGUCCCAAAUCCGUGCCAGCAGUCGUCUCUAAUAACAUGUAGACGUUGCUAUCAAAUCUCAGCCAUCUCUCACCAUCAAGAUACUGCAAAGAAUACGGUGCAGGAAUGUCUGAGACUGGUUCUCCAAGUUACAGCUGCAUAACUGUCAUAACAGUACCAACGCUUAGCCAUUAGUCAUCCCUAAUAUUCACGCUUUAUCCAUUUGCAACUUCAGUAUCAAAUCUCAGCCCUGAUACUGAGAAGAGUGUGGCCCAAGAAUGAUCCAAACUUCUUCUCCAGAUUAGAGCGCUAUAAUGGCCAUAUUAGUACAGAAUCUCAGACUGCAGUUAUUGCUAUUGUUGGUGCAUACAUAAGAUAGAACCAAUUAACAAUAUGGUACUGAAUCUCAUCCAUCUCUAAGCCCAAAUAUUGCAAAUAAUGAUGGUCCAGACUGGUUCUCCAUCUGAGAGCUGCAUAACAGCCAUUAUAGUAGCAAAUCCCAGCAAACAUUCAUCCCUGUUACUGGAACUUACACAAACCGAAACCUUGUUUAUAUCUGCUACAAAAUCUUAGCCAUUGUUUGGCUCAGAACUCACAAAGAAUUAUGACCUAAUAAUUAUGUAGAUUAGAGUGGCCCAGAUACUGCAAACAAUAUUGUCCAAGAAUGGUCCAGACUGGUUCUCCAUCUUAGAUUAGCGCUGCAUAACAGUACCAAAUCCCAGCAAACAGUCAGUAUUGUAGGUUUCUCUUGACCCAGAUACCACAAAGAAUGAUGGCCCAAGAAGGCCCAGAAUAACUCACCAGUGAAGGAAAAAACAGGAAGGUCAUGCCAUGGUCAACCAAAUUUCAAACAUUUUGGACGUUUUGUAUACUGCGAAGAUUACGGCCCAAGAAUGGUACCAAAUCCUCUCUUAGAAACCUCAAAGAAUGUUGACCACCUAGAUUACAGCAGCCAAUCAGUCAUAAUAGUACAAAAUCCCAGCCAGCAAUCAUCACUGUUACUCAUUUAUGGUACUGAAUUGCAGCCAUCUCUUGACCCAGAUACCACAAAGAAUGAUGGCUCAUGAUGACUCCGAUUUGACUACCAGAUGAGGCAAAAAACAACAAGGCCAAACAAAUCGCAAGCAUUUUGGACAAAUUCCCAAACAGCCCACAUGCUGUUUACCAUCAGAGAUGCGGCACCAUCAAUGUCAGACAUGGCACCAUGCCGACACUAUGCCCCCUGACUUGAUGAUGGUUCUCGACCAGACAAUUUUGCUAUGUAGGUAUUAAAGCACAUGACUCAAACAUGAUGAAAACCAUAAACUGCACAUUUUACACAGAAUCAUGGCAAGUAACCACUUAUAUUUCUGUUCUCUUUUAUAUCUCCUGUUUUAAAUCUAAAGCGUGUGUUUUAGCAAUGGUCUGAUUUCAUAAGAGAUCUGCAAGCUCCUUUGCUGCCAUGUGUGAAGUCACAUAUUUAAAUUCCUUUUAUAGAGCCUGAAUCGUAAUGUAGCAUGAUGAUUAGUCUGUGUUGUUCGUGUUAAUAGUGGCAAAUGUCGUCUCACUUCAUUUAUUCCGAACAAAUGUGAGACACUGAAAAACAUGUUUUCAUACUUCAUGGCCUUUUCUUUUGAACCACUAUAUAUUUUUUUGCCUUUCCUUGCCAUUGUUCUCUGGCUUAGUUUUGAGACCGUGUAGGCUGACAUGCAAUAAAAACACGAUUUCUCAGUGUCACGAUGUAGGAGGGUGAAGCAAUCACAUGUUGUCUUUGAGCAAACAGAACUGAAUUUCCAACACUUUGUCACUGUUUUAUUAGCUCUUAAAUGUGAUAUUUGUGAAGAACAUUUUCUCUCUUUAUUUCUCCUGUUGAACAGCAGCACAUCAGUGAAAGUGUCCUUAUUGAAGAUUCUGAGUUCUGACCAGAGUUAGAAGGGCUAAAAGAAAAUAAUGAUAUCAUGUGUGAAGUAUAAUAAACACUUGGGUCAAAAAUAAAAUGUCAUGCCACAUAA